UUUGGGGCGGCUAAAGAGAGUUCAUCAUAAUUUCACACCAGAAGCCGUUUGGAGAGAGAGAGAGAUAGGGCACACGCCCAUAUCCAUUUUGAAGAAAGCUUCCUCUUUUACGGUUAGGGCAAACAAUAGAGAAGAAGAGAGCUGAACAACACAAAGGGGAUCUCCUUAUUUUUGGAUCAAAGCAGCCGCAAGCUAAGAUCUAAGUUGCUUACAGUGAUAAGGAAAUGUCUGAUCGGCUGACUCGUAUUGCUAUUGUAAGCUCUGACCGUUGUAAGCCCAAAAAAUGCCGUCAAGAGUGUAAGAAGAGUUGUCCUGUUGUCAAAACAGGUAAGUUAUGUAUUGAAGUCUCUCCUCUAACAAAGAUUGCUUUCAUCUCGGAGGAAUUGUGCAUUGGAUGUGGUAUUUGUGUGAAGAAAUGUCCAUUUGAAGCAAUUCAAAUCAUCAACCUGCCAAAGGAUUUGGACAAAGACACUACACAUCGUUAUGGGCCAAAUACCUUCAAACUACACAGGCUGCCAGUUCCAAGGCCAGGACAAGUUCUUGGUUUAGUGGGAACCAAUGGUAUUGGGAAGUCAACUGCUCUCAAAGUUUUGGCUGGAAAACUGAAACCCAAUUUGGGUCGUUUCAAUAAUCCUCCUGAUUGGCAAGAAAUAUUGACAUACUUCCGUGGAUCUGAACUACAAAACUAUUUUACUCGUAUAUUGGAAGAUAAUCUGAAGGCUAUUAUAAAGCCGCAGUAUGUUGAUCACAUUCCAAAAGCAGUACAAGGCAAUGUGGGGCAAGUGUUGGAACAAAAAGAUGAGAGAGAUAUAAAAGAAGAAUUAUCUGUUGAUCUGGAUCUAUGUAAGGUCAUGGAUCGAAAUGUUGGAGAUUUAUCUGGUGGAGAGCUACAAAGGUUUGCCAUUGCUGUUGUAGCUAUACAGAAUGCAGACAUUUACAUGUUUGAUGAGCCCUCGAGUUACCUUGAUGUAAAACAGAGACUAAAAGCUGCUCAAGUUGUUCGAUCUCUUCUCCGAUCUAAUAGCUAUGUGAUUGUCGUGGAGCAUGAUCUUAGUGUCCUGGAUUACUUAUCAGAUUUUAUUUGUUGCCUUUACGGAAAGCCUGGUGCAUAUGGAGUUGUAACCCUUCCCUUCUCUGUUAGAGAAGGGAUAAAUAUUUUCUUGGCCGGAUUUGUCCCCACUGAGAAUCUUCGUUUUAGGGAUGAAUCUCUUACUUUUAAGGUUGCUGAGACACCACAGGAGAGUGCUGAAGAAAUUGAAACAUAUGCCCGGUAUAAGUAUCCAUCUAUGUCCAAAACUCAGGGAAACUUCACCCUUCGGGUAGUUGAGGGUGAAUUUACUGAUUCUCAAAUUAUUGUAAUGCUUGGUGAGAAUGGUACUGGGAAGACAACAUUCAUCCGGAUGCUGGCUGGUUUACUGAAACCUGAUACAAUAGAAGGUUCUGAUGUGGAGAUACCUGAGUUUAAUGUGUCUUACAAACCUCAAAAGAUCAGUCCUAAGUUCCAGUCUUCUGUCAGACACCUUCUACACUCAAAAAUACGUGAUUCAUAUAUGCAUCCCCAGUUUGUGUCAGAUGUUAUGAAGCCUCUCUUGAUUGAACAAUUGAUGGAUCAAGAAGUUGUCAAUCUCUCGGGUGGAGAGCUGCAAAGAGUUGCACUCUGCCUCUGCCUUGGAAAGCCUGCGGAUAUUUAUCUGAUUGACGAACCGAGUGCCUAUCUGGACUCAGAGCAGCGUAUUGUUGCCUCCAAAGUCAUCAAGAGGUUCAUUCUCCACGCGAAGAAGACAGCAUUUGUUGUUGAGCAUGAUUUUAUAAUGGCAACUUAUUUGGCAGACAGAGUUAUUGUGUACGAUGGGAAAGCAUCCGUCGAUUGUACUGCAAAUUCGCCUCAGUCAUUGUUGACUGGAAUGAACCUUUUCUUAUCUCAUCUUGACAUCACGUUUAGGCGAGACCCUACAAAUUUUAGGCCAAGAAUCAACAAAUUGGACUCCACAAAGGACAGGGAACAGAAAAAUGCAGGAUCUUAUUAUUACUUGGAUGAUUAACUUAACUUAUAUACCUGUGGCUGCUUUGUUCGAAAGAGGGGAGAGGCUGCUGCAUCUGUUGAAGAGUGAGUGAUGUUUGAUGAGUGAUUUUACAGUAUCAAAGUAUUUACUUUUAAAGUUUGGCUAUUUAUAUACUUGCCCCUCCACACACCACCCUCUUGGCGAUAUUAAUGUCGAGUUUUUACAAUAGAUUUUGAAUUAUGUUCUUGGCUUUUUGUUGUUUCUUUAAUAUAACAGAGAUUGGAGUCUUUGAACUUCACUUUCACUACUUGGAUCUUUUCUUGUUGUGUUUUUGAGAUAUUGAACUUUUCAGUACUUGUUAGUGAUUAAUGAGCUGAUUUAUUAUUUGGUUAA